CUUGCAAAUAUUUGCUUUAUUUAUUAUUUAAUCUGCAAGCUAAUAAUUACAUUUGUAUACUUGUAGUAUUAAUUAGUCGUAUAAUGUUAAAAGUAGCCAACGUUGAUAUAUCUCUUUAAAUAGAAUAUAGUUUUAGUGAAAUAAAUUCCUAUUUUGGAUUCACCGGAAGAAAUGGAAUUUAAGGCCACUGAAGCUGAAGGAAAAUUGUUGUCAGAUGGGAUUCAGAAAAUUGUAGUUGUGCGACAAGAAAAUAAGAAUAAACCUUGCGCGCCGGUGGUGUUAAGUGUUGUGGACAUUUUUUUGUCAGUUUUUGUAGUAACACCCUUAGUGGUAUUUGCUUGGAGAGGAUCAUGGUUAUAUAUGGAUGUACAAGCACAAUAUUUCCCUUUAAUGCCAUGUUUUUUUAUAGGUAUGGCCGUUCACGUGAUUCUAGCUCUAAGUCAGGAUGUCCUACAUGCAGCCAUAGUAGAGUCCGAUAAACAUUGGUCACUCAAAAUAGUUUCCCAUUUUCUCCGGAGAUUUUACACUUACGUAUUUUUAAAUAUAACGGUUUUCCAUUGGAGAGGUGGUUGGGGCUUAAUAGACAGUUACCUGCACAUCCAGUUCACCAAAGAUUCAGUUGCGGAAAAAGAAGGCAUUCACUGGUUCCUGAUGAUAUGGGUAGCAUGUUUUAUCACCCUUAUUGUCAUUAAGGGUCUCAGGAAUGCAAUUGCCCCUCCAUUUGCAAUAUGCAUCGAUAAGGGAAAUUAUGUUUUCAAAUUUCCCACCAUGUUCAAAAGAACUAAUAAACAAAGUUCGCUUCUAGCCAUCCUAGAUUGUUUUUUUUCGGUUGGAGUGAUGGGCAAUUUGGUAGUUACCCUUUGGAGAGGGCUGUGGGUGCUUAUAGACCUGAUCCUGUUGCCUGAUAAUUUUAUUUGGUCCAGUUGGUCAAGUUUGGUUUUGGGAUUGCUUGUUAUAGGUCUGGUCUUCAGAUUGCAAAACUUCAUGAAAAAUCUGUGCACCAAAACAUCAGGCCUAACUAAAAUCGUAAUUGCUGACUUUUACAUAAUUCUAUCCUGCAUAGCUAUCAUACUUUACUGGAGAGGCGUUUGGAAUGUGACCAAUAUUUAUUUUCUCCCAGAUGAUCCUGAAUUAAGCGGCAUCCUCUCCCAUUUUAUUGGUUAUAUGUUCUUGGUAGUACUGGGUUGUUCAAAUUCAUUGUUGGUUAGAGGGGUUUACAUAGAUGGGAAAGAACCAAAUGGAGAAUGUGUCGUCCUCCCUUGUCAGUAUUUAAGAAUAAUUUUCGAACAAGAAGAUUCUUGUGAAGAGGAAGAGUCAGAUUUGGGAACUAUCAAAAUGAUGAAUAGUGUGGAAGUAUGACUGAUAAAUAAAAUAUAAUUUUUUUUCACUUGGA